AUGGUAUUUUUUAAGAUAUCUACCUCACUCUGCGCACUCCCAUUCGAUGACAGCACAUGUGGAACGGAAAAAUAUUGCCUGAAAACGGACAGCGAAUCGGCAAUCAUAUCGAUAAAGCCCUUCACCAAUGACCAGGGCAUCAAUUUCAUCGACGUCGAACUGUACGCGCCGGUGUUGGCCGAAAACUCGUACAUUGCGCUUGGCUUUUCGAGUGGCGGUGACGUACCAAUGGAGAACAGCUACGUUUCUGAGUGCUCCCAAAUCAUCGGUGAGGCCGGUUUUACGCCGAAAUUGUCGUGGAAUAACGAUCAACCUGCGAAUGAGCGCAUUGGGGGGCUAACGCAAGACCAGAUGAAGACCAUUCUACUCGAGGAAUCGAUCCAAAGCUCGGACGGCGGUCUCUACUGCUCAUUCCGACAACAAAUCACUGGCGUUGCUCUAAAUAAUCAGCAGAUCUACAACUACACUAAUGGGGAUCAAAAGUUGGUGCUCAUCGCCAAGGGAAGCACCAAAGAAACCGGGCUCAACAAGCAUUCGGGUAGAGACAUUAAUGUGGCCGAUGCGAAAAUUGAUGUGAUGAAUCCACUCAAUUUGCCUACAACCCAACCGCCUACCACGACAGGGGGAGCCCCUUUUGAUGAUAGCGCCUGUGGAAAGGAAAAAUAUUGCCUGAAAACGGACAGCGAAUCGGCAAUCAUAUCUAUAAAGCCCUUCACCGAUAACCAGGGCAUCAAUUUCCUCGACGUCGAGCUGUACGCGCCGGUGUUGGCCGAAAACUCGUACAUUGCGCUUGGCUUGUCGAGUGGCGGUGACGUACCAAUGGAGAACAGCUACGUUUCUGAGUGCUCCCAAAUCAUCGGUGAGGCAGAUUUCACGCCCAAAUUAUCGUGGAACGACGAUCAACCUUCGAAUGAACGAAUUGAGGGCCUAACGGUUGGUUUCAAGCAAGACCAGAUGAACGGUAUUCUUCUGCAACCCUCGGUACGGAAAGUGGACGGCGGUCUCUACUGCUCAUUCCGGCAACAAAUCACUGGUGUUGCUCUAAAUAAUCAGCAGAUCUACAACUACACUAAUGGGGAUCAAAAGUUGGUGCUCAUCGCCAAGGGAAAGACCAAGGAAGCUGGGCUCACCAAGCAUUCGAAUAAGGAUAUUAAAGUGGCCGAUGCGAAAAUUGAUGUGAUGAAUCCACUGAAUUUGCCUACCACCCAGCCGUCUCCGUUCACGCACAACGCUGGCGUCAAGUUCGUCGACGUCGAGCUGUACGCCCCGACGUUGGCCGAGAAAUCGUACAUUGCAUUCGGGUUGUCGGAAGGGGCCGAGCCGGCGAUGGCGAACAGCUUCGUGUCGGAGUGCUCUCAAAUUGACGAUGAAGCGGAUUUUUCGCCGAAAUUGUCGUGGAACAAUGAGAAUCCAUCUAACGAGAGGAUUGACGGUUUAACGCAAGAGCAGAUGAACGGGAUUCUUCUGGAAAGCUCGGUGCGGAAAGUGGAUGGCGGCCUCUACUGCUCAUUUCGACAACAAAUCACUAAUGUUGCCCUAAAUAAUCCGAAAAUCUACAAUUAUACCGAUGGUGAUCUGAAACUGCUGCUCGUGGCUAAGGGGUUGACGAGGCCAACAGGACUCAGCAAGCAUCGAAAUGGUGAUACUGGUCAAGGUAUCGCAAAGAUCGAUGUUAUGAAUCCACUCUCGGUCCAAACCACCCAAAUGCCAACGGGAACAACCGCUACUUCCGGUCCUACGAUAUUCGACCCGAGCACCUGUGGUACCGAGAAGUACUGCUUCUUCCCGAAAAACGAUCCGGAUCCGACAAAGAAUUUUGCCGUGGCUUCGAUUAAGUUCCGAACCGUUGACAACACCUCCUACCUCGAUGUCGAGCUGUUCACGAAUGAUAUGGGCGAAAACAAGUACUUGGCGCUGGGAAUUAGCGAGAAACAAGACAUGGCGAACAGCUUCGUGUCGGAGUGCUCGGCGUUGGGCGGCGCGAACAUGACGGCAAAACUGUCGUACAACGACAACCAGCCGGCCAAUUUGCGCAUUGACGGGCUGACGCAAGCCAACUACGACGCGAUCCUUACGAACGUUACGGUGACGACGCAGGACGGACAAUUGUACUGCUCCUAUACGCAGCAGUUGAACAACCUGCCCCUCGCCAACGACAUGCUCUACACGUACAAGGACGGGGAUUCGAGAUAUUUGUUGAUUGCCAAGGGAUUGACAAGCGGGUCAGGCCUGCUACAGCACGUCGGCGCCAACAAGGCCUUCACGCAGGAGAGCAUUCCCUUGGCCAACUCGACGCACAUCAAGGAGAAGCUCUUUGACGCGUCGACGUGUGGGUUGGAUAAGUAUUGCUUCUUCCCGUGCGCCACUGGGGCUCAGGAUCCGGAUAGUUGCUUCGCGGUGGCUUCGUUGAAGUCCACUACUAUCAACGGAACCGGCUACCUGGACAUCGAGUUGUAUUCUGGGAAUUUGGAGUCUACCGGACAAUACAUUGCGCUUGGCUUCAGCAAGGAUGGCGGCAUGGCCAACGAUAUGGGCACCAUCCUCAAGACCCCUUCGAUAAAAUCGUCUGACGGCCGGGUGUACUGCUCCUUCCGACAGCAGCUGACCAACCUUCCCAUUAAUGUGCCGAAGGAUGAUAAGGAUAACGACGAGGUGUACACCUACAAGCAGGGCGACAAGCGGUUUUUGAUCAUGGCGGUCGGGAAGACUGAUGCGAAUGGCCUCCUCGAGCACAAUGCCAACGGAAUGGCAGCUUCAAAUGUAACGGUGGACCUUGGCGAUAUCCCUCCACACCCAAACGGCGCGGAUACGUUUGACGAUUCCGGAUGUGCUGUGAAUAAGACAUGUCUUUUUGGAAAUGGGGCCAAGAACUCGAAAGACGCCUUUGCUGCUGCUUCAUGGACGUUCCGGAACGAGUCCGGCACGAUGUACCUGGAUAUCGAGCUGUACUCGGCGAGCCUGGCCUCGACGAGUAGUUAUGUUGCGAUGGCUUUUGGAACCUCCGGAUCUAUGGCAAAUACUUAUGUGACGGAAUGCUCAGCCCUAUCCGGCGCGGCGCGAAGCCCCAAGCUGUCUUAUAAUAAUGGCAAUCCACGCAACGUGCGCAUCAGCGGGCUUACGAACGCGGACUACGAAAAAGUACUCACCAAGCCGACGAUCGUCGCCUCGGACGGCUCUGUAUACUGCCGAUUUACACAGCAAAUCAACAACCUCCCCCUCGAGAACAACCAGGUGUACAGCUACGACGGGAAGAAGAUGUUCGUCAUGUUGGCCAAGGGCACGGCGGGGAAUGACGGCCUGACCAAGCACGGAGACAAGGACACAGUCGUCACCUCCGAGGCGAUGGACCUGACCCUGGUGCUGUCGGCGAACGCGAAGGACACGAGGUGGAAGGAGCGCUUGAUAAAGGCGCAUGCCAUCAUGAUGGUGCUGGCGUGGUUCUGCUUCGUGCCGACGGCCGUCUUUUUCGCUCGAUUUAUGCGGGACGCCUGGCCCGACUACAAGCCGAUGGGGCUGUUGAUUUGGUUCCAUGUCCACCGCACCUGCAACAUGCUCGGCAUCAUUCUGAUGAUCGCCUCGCUGUGCUGCAUCUUGACGGCGUACAAGUGGAAGUGGACUGGGCCGAGCCCCACCGCCGAGGAUGCCGUCCCUUCUUGGGCCCAAAAACACACGGCAAUCGGGCUGACGGCCAUUAUCCUCGCUUUUGUUCAGCCGCUAAUCUCGACGAUGAGGUGUGACCCGAAAAACCCACGGCGGCCCUACUUCAACUGGGUGCAUCGGCUGAUCGGAGUGGCGGCCAUGGUUUUGGCGACCACGGCCUUCGGUUUUGCUGCAUAUAAGAAGCUGGGUGUUGCGCCGAAAGGGUUGUAUAUUGUAUUAGAGGUUCUCCCCUUCACCUGCCUUCUCGUGCUCUCCCUCCUCUUCCUCCUCAUCGAGCGAUGCGUCGAGGUGACGCCGCACAACUUGAGUACGGUCCGAAAUCUGCGCUAUUCGUCGGUGUUCGUCACCGAAAUCCUGCUCGUCGGCAUCUCCAUCGCCUUCUGCGUGUUCAUCGGCCAGACGAAC